CAAUGCGAUAUACACAUGAGAAUUCGUAUGAACCAGUGUGAACACUGCCGAAUUCAUUGAUAUCGAUAUAUUUUACAUUCCAUAAGCGGCAUUUUGGGUGUGAUAUUAAUUAAUUACAUAUUAAUCAAAUCAUUAAUAAUAGUCUCAGAGGUUACAUGUAACCGGUAAUAACAUAUUGCUUUCAUUAGAAUUAUAAACACUAUUAUUUAAAUACUUCUAUAUUGUUACUCUACGUCAGAUCCAAAAAUAAUUUGUUCAUCUUCUUUUGUACGUUUGAGAACUUUAUUUGAAGUGAAAUCAAAAAAUUAGUAAUGGAAUCCGCACAACCUAAUCGACCUAGUCGGUGCACAUGGAAACCAAAUGCAACAAAUUCACCACAUACGUUAAGAACAGAAGUUGCUGAUCGUAACAAAGUGAUGCCUGAUAUAUUAACAACCAUUGGGCAAACACCACUUGUAAAAUUAAACACUAUCCCUAAAUCUCAUGGAAUUAAGUGUGAAAUGUAUGCAAAAUGUGAAUUCUUUAAUCCUGGUGGCUCUGUGAAGGAUAGAAUUGCAUACAGAAUGAUUCAAGAUGCAGAAGACCAGGGGUUGUUGAAACCAGGAUAUACCAUUAUUGAACCUACAAGUGGUAACACCGGAAUUGGAUUAGCAAUGGCUGCAGCUGUUAAAGGGUACAGAUGCAUUAUUGUCAUGCCUGAAAAAAUGUCUAAUGAAAAAGUGUACACACUUCAUGCACUUGGUGCUGAAAUAAUUAGGACACCAACAGAAGCAAGUUGGAACAGUCCAGAAGCACAUAUUAAUGUUGCACAUAAGUUACAAAAAGAAAUACCAAAUAGCAUUGUUCUUGAUCAGUAUACUAAUCCUGGAAAUCCAUUGGCUCAUUACGAUCAAACUGCACUUGAAAUUUGGAAUCAAUGUGAUGGAAAAAUUGAUUACUUAGUAGCAGGUGCAGGUACUGGUGGUACCAUUUCUGGUAUUGGACGAAAACUAAAGGAAUUAUCACCUGAUACAAAAAUUGUUGCUGUGGAUCCUAAAGGAAGUAUCUUAGCUCAAUCACCUGAAUUACAAGAUGAUGCUGAUUUUUAUGAAGUAGAAGGAAUUGGCUACGAUUUUAUACCUACAGUUUUGGAUCAUAAUGUAAUCGAUAGAUGGAUAAAAACUGAGGAUUGUGAAUCAUUAAAUGCUGCUAGAAUGCUUAUACGUCAGGAGGGUUUGCUAUGCGGCGGUAGUAGUGGUGCUGCUCUUGUAGCUGCUCUUCAAGUAGCUAAAGAUCUACCUGAAGGGAAACGAGUCGUUCUUGUUUUACCCGACGGAAUACGAAAUUACAUGACUAAAUUUGUAUCUGACCAUUGGAUGGAAGUUAGGGGAUUCUUAGAAUCUAAGUGCCAAGUUGAGGCAAACAAAUGGUGGUGGGAUAUGCCAAUUUCAAAUUUAUCUUUCGACAAAGUACCUUUGUUGGAGAGUACAAAAACAUGUCAAGAAGCUGUUCAUAUCUUUGAAAAAACAAAGUCUCAACAAUUAGUUGUUAGUAAUGAUAACAAACAUGUACAAGGUGUCAUCAUAUUGGAUACGUUAAUGUCUAAUUUACUAUCUGGCUCAGUAAAACUAACAGAUUUAGUAGAAAAAGCUAUGAUUAAACAUUAUGUCAAAGUUAAGCUUUCAGCAAGUCUUGGACAAUUAUCGCGCGUUCUUGAAAAAGAAUUAUAUUCAGUUAUUGUGAGUAAUGAAGGUGAUCAUACUUUUGUUGGUAUUGUAAACCAGUCACAUAUUUUAAAACAUAUUACUAAAAGUAAUGGUACAAUGGAAUCUAAUAACUAGUCACAUAUUAAACUAAGUACUCUAGAACUGGAUGUAAUUUUCUUAAAACAUAAGAUAUAUCGUUAUAAGGUUAUCAUAGAUUAUUAUACUAAUUGUUCUUUUUUAUAUUCUUUAUUUUUACUUUUGGUAAUGGAAAAGAAAUAAUUUACAUGCAUUUUAUACUGAAUUAUACAAUUAAUGAAGAUUAAAUAAAAUAUUUAUAUCA